CUUCAGUCUGCGUUACCAUCGCGCUUCAUUUUCACUUGACGCCAGUCCUUUCACGGAGAAAGACACUUUGCCGCGCUGCCAUGAGGACUUGGAUCUUGAGCGUAGCCUGCCUGCUGGCGGUGGCCGCCUUGGCCGCCGGGCUCCCCCGGCCAGUGGAAGACAAACUGGAUGCAGCGGCGGCGACGACGACGGCUGAAGCAGCGCGGCCGAAGCGGACCAUUGGCUUCCUCAGGAGUUACUUUCCAUCGUUGACAGAGAUCUUAGACCGGAAGAUUCAGACUAUCACACGCUUCCUGUUCCGGCUGAUCGGGCGCCUGGUGCUGGGCGGCGGCGGCGGUGGUGGAGGCGGCGGCGGCGGCGACGCGGCCUCCGAAGGGACGGGCGCGUCGUCGUCGUCGGGCGGCACCAACGGCCGCCGCAUUAGCAUCACCCUGCCCACGUACCCGCCCGGUCUGGACGACGAAGACGAGGAGGACGAGGAAGAGGACAAGGAAGAGGACAACGCGCUGCCCUCUGCGUCCGAGCCCGAGGCGAAACUCACCCACGCCCCGGAGGAAGUGAAAUCUCGAGUGGCGCGUGCUGCUGAGGAGACCAAACCUGAGGCCAAGGAAGCCGACCAAGAAGCGGCCGCCGAUGACCAGGAAGGACGCGACAAGCGGUUCCUCUUCGGUUUCGGGCGCCAGUCUGAGGAAGGAGGCCAGGGCAGCGGCGGCGGAAGCGGCAACUUCCUCUUCGACCUGAUCAGGAACACGGCGUCGCGCACGGCCAGGGCGGCCGGUGGCAUUUACAGACUAGUAGCAGGAACUGACGAAGGCGCCGCCACCGAAAUCAAGUACAGUCCUUGGCUGCGAAAGGCAGAGCAGGACGAGGAACCUCAGGCGGCCGCCUCGGGCAUCUCACUGGGCCUCGGAGUCGGCUUGAGCGGAAAGGCUUCGCUCAUUGCCGGUUCUGGCGCGACGGAAGAUGCGAACGACCACGCAACAACUGGACCCUCGGCGCCGUCCGCGCCUUCCUAUUACAACAGUGGCGUUGCCGCAGCGCACGCCGAGGCGCCCGAAGUUGACGCCAAGGAGGACGGAUACACGUCUGGAAUCCCCGGACCCAUCACUCGCCUCUUCGUCAUUGCCAACCGUGGCGUUUCCAAUCUCAUCCAGGACCUCAUCCUUCGUUUGGCUCAAACCAGCGAGAGGAUAGUCAACUUCAAGGCGCGUCUCAUCACCUCCAUCAUCUAAUUUAAUUUAUAUUUGUCACUUGGCCGCCUACGUACAUCGGACCUACGAGGGAUCAGUCUCGAAAGAAGAGAAACGAAAUUCGAUCGAUUUUGCCUUUUCGGUUUAAUAAAUAAUCAGUUGUAAUCAACACACACAUGACGGAAUUUGUAAAUAAGCGCUCAUUUUUUUUUUCAAAAACUUCUGCCAAUGCUGGGGAAGUUCCAAUUUUU